AUGGAUGAUCAAGGCAAAGGCAAAGGCAUGGAAUCGAGCUCCAGCUCCUCCUUAGAACUCAAGGUGAUGUCCUGUAACGAUCUAAAAGCCUUCAAUUUCUUCCAGAAACUAUCAGUCUACGUCGUCGUCUCCCUUGUGAAGGUGAAGGACGGCAACAUAAAAAAUGAGAAAGAGAAACAGCAGCGCCAGAAGACGCCGAUCGACAGAGAAGGAGACAGAAACCCUCGAUGGAAUCACGUGAUGCGGUUCGAUCUGAAAGGGGAUUAUCAUCCGCUUCUUCUUCUUGAUGUCUCUUCUUCUGACCAUGACGUCUUUUUCGAAUUCGAUCUGCGUUGCGAACAGAUCGUCUUCGGUAACAAGACCAUCGGCGAAGUCCAAGUGCCAAUCAAGGAUUUGAUGACUGGGAAUUCCAAGGAAGAGGAGGUGACCAACUCCAACUCCAACUCCAACGGAAGAACAGCCAGGUUCGUCAGUUACCAGGUGCGUGGCCCCGACGGGAAACCUAACGGUGUCCUCAACUUCUCUUAUAAGAUCAUCCACAACAACAACGUUGAUGCCAGUGGCAAGUUGUUGAAUAAUAAUGAUAACCAGAUCGGGGGCACCGCCGCUUCUCCUUUGGAUUUGGCUUAUCAUCCCCAUGGAACGCAUCUCUCAACGGGAGUGGAACUUCAUUAUCCAUCUGUGGAAGUUGAAGUUCAACCCCCAUCCUUGUCAUCUGGAGUUCACUAUCCGUCUAUUGAAUUCGAACCACCUCCUCCUCCUCCGCCUCCGCCUCAGGAAGCUUAUUAUUCGGCACCAGAAUUUUACUGCACGGUGUACCCAGCACCACCUCCACCGGGAAUGCAACUACCGUAUUAUUAUUAUCCACCGCCUCCGCCUCCGCCUCCUCUUUAUCCGCCACCGCCUCCACCUCCUCUUUAUCCACCGCCGCCACCGCACUUGCUCUACCCUGGGCCGCCGGUUCCGUAUGGAUAUGGGUCGGGGAGCAAUGGUUACGAGGAAUUAAGGAACGAUCAUUCGGCGAUGGAUGGAUACUACUAG